GGAUCGCACACAGGACACACAUCCUCCAGAUUGGUAGAACAGACAUGGACCUUCGCUUUUGGAAGGUGUUGGCAACCGUUUCAAACAACUCGACUAAAAGUAGUGCAGUGCCGCGUUAACGGACGCUCGGCAGAAGCAAUAGAAAGCCCAACGCUUAACUCGGAUUGACCCAACAAAAAUACCCCAACAGUCAAACUCGAUGGAUUUCAGGACGAAACCACCUGCCAGAGCGAUUUGAAAUCGAUUCAUUUCCUGUUCCUGUUAAGUGGAGGCUACAAGUGCUGGCACUACUAAUUGAAGCGAUUUAAAAAUCAAUCCUAACCGAGCGGAUUCAGAACUCGGAUGAGAGCUAAAAAAACGAGGCACAGAAACGCAACCAAAUGCCCCCGUUUGUGAUAAAAGCACUGAACUGCCAAUGGUCAUAAAUCCUGCCUGUUGCCAGGACCAACCCAAAUGGCCUGUACCAUAUAUCGAGUGAGGAAUUGAAAGGCUGCUGCCACCGGGAAAUUUAGGCGCCCCCGAGUCGACGGAUAAAGGCACUUGGCGACACCUGAUACACCUUUAGCCAACCACCGUGUUGCGACUGCUGCCAAGUUCCUGUGCCAGGUGGUGCAGAAUCACAAACGAAGGUUUUAGCACCGUAGCACCCGAAACGGCUGAACGACGUCAGCGGCUGGUAAUGAGUGAACAAACGGGGCAAUUACGGAAUUACUGAGAGUCGAUCGCGUCGUCGUAAUUGAGUUACGGACCGAUUACGGAGUUUUGCACCAAAGUUGGCAAACGUAGUUGGCAAGCGGGCAGCAAUUAGAAUAAAGCCAGCUCGCGGCACAGAACAUUUCGAGCCCCCACCAGGACGACCCACCGGCCACCAGCACUGUUGUUCGCUUCCGAUGAAGUUCCAGAAAAGCGCGUGAAAUGUGUAAUCGCUUAGCGUGGCGAACAGUUUCGAGUGGCGUUGCGUUCAACGAUGUAUUUUGUUAUGGAUUUGUAUCUCAUCGUUUUGUGUCUGCUGGUGAUUUACAUUAAAGAUAGCAUCCAAGGACCGCACGAGAAAAGGCUGUUGAACAACCUGCUGCAAACGUACAACACGCUCGAACGCCCGGUCGCCAACGAGUCCGACCCGCUGGAAGUGAAGUUCGGCCUGACGCUGCAGCAGAUAAUCGAUGUUGACGAAAAAAAUCAGAUACUCACUACCAACGCGUGGUUGAAUUUGGACGAGAAGAAUCAACUUUUAAUAACAAACAUAUGGCUGUCGUUGGAAUGGAACGAUUACAACCUGCGUUGGAACGACUCCGAGUACGGUGGGGUGCGGGACCUGCGGAUCACCCCGAACAAGCUCUGGAAGCCGGACGUGCUGAUGUACAACAGUGCUGAUGAAGGAUUCGAUGGAACAUAUCAUACGAACAUCGUCGUGAAGAACAAUGGCAGCUGCUUAUAUGUUCCACCCGGCAUUUUCAAGAGCACGUGCAAAAUCGACAUCACGUGGUUCCCGUUUGACGACCAGCACUGCGAGAUGAAGUUCGGCAGUUGGACGUACGAUGGCAACCAGCUUGAUCUUGUACUCAAUUCGGACGACGGCGGAGAUCUCUCAGAUUUCAUAACGAACGGCGAGUGGUAUCUUAUAGGAAUGCCCGGAAAGAAAAAUACAAUAACAUAUCAGUGUUGUCCUGAGCCGUACGUUGACAUAACGUUCACGAUACAGAUUCGAAGAAGAACGCUUUACUACUUCUUCAAUUUGAUAGUUCCAUGCGUCUUAAUUUCUUCGAUGGCCCUGCUGGGAUUUACGCUUCCGCCUGAUUCGGGUGAAAAAUUGACUCUAGGUGUAACUAUACUGCUAUCACUCACUGUAUUCCUUAAUUUAGUCGCGGAGACGUUACCUCAAGUAUCCGAUGCAAUUCCGUUACUAGGAACGUACUUCAACUGCAUAAUGUUUAUGGUAGCUUCGUCGGUCGUGCUGACGGUUGUUGUACUCAACUACCAUCAUCGGACUGCUGAUAUCCACGAGAUGCCUCCAUGGAUCAAAUCGGUCUUUCUGCAAUGGCUACCGUGGAUACUACGGAUGGGGCGUCCCGGGAGGAAGAUCACCCGUAAAACCAUUAUCCUGAGCAAUCGCAUGAAGGAGCUCGAGCUGAAGGAGCGCUCCUCGAAGUCGCUCUUGGCGAAUGUGCUGGACAUCGACGACGAUUUCCGGCAUCCCUGCUCCGGCAUAUCCGGCUCGACCACCGCGAUAGGUGGCUCCGCCAGUUUCACGCGUCUUACUACGGUCGAAGAGCAGAACGCCAACUCGGGCUGUACGCAUAAGGAUUUGCACCACAUACUGAAGGAAUUGCAGUUCAUCACCAACCGUAUGAAGAAGGCGGACGAGGAAGCGGAAUUGAUCAGUGACUGGAAGUUCGCGGCGAUGGUUGUUGAUAGAUUUUGCCUUUUCGUGUUUACUCUAUUCACAAUAAUUGCGACCGUCACUGUGCUUCUAUCAGCUCCUCAUAUAAUAGUGCAAUAACCAGACGACAGCUUCCGCUAAACGUUAAACCCAACGCGCACACGUGGUGUUGAGUUUCGUAUAGACAAGCUGAUAAAAAUACAAACCAGAAAACGUAUAUAUAUAAUACAAAUAUCUAUAUAUAUAUAUACACACAAACCUAUAUAUAUAAAUAUAUAUUUUAUACACAUAAGUAGCAUCGUGAACAAAUAGUAGCAGUGAUUCUAGAUAAAACAAAAGAUGGAACAGAUGGAUUUUAAUCGACUACAAUUACCAUACGACGACACAGACUCGUCGGUUUGCACGUUCACACAAUGUUCAACGAGAAGACGGUAAAAGUCGGGCCGGAUAGAAGCACCGGAAAGGAUCGCAUCCCUACGCCAGUGUACGUAGCGUGGAAAGCACUAGCGCGACCAAACGUACUAAGCGUGCGUAAACCGGCUGGAUCCCGGUGUCGGCUCCGGUACGACUUGGCUGCGCAGGAAUUGAGCUGGAAGCCGGUGAAGUUGUUCCUACGACUUUUCCUUUUUCGCACCGGGACAUUGCGGUGAGUGUAUUAUUUCACUUUUGCGUUUCGCUCCCUCGUUACGCGGACCACAGUCACGUGCAUCGCAGACGUGUUUGUUUGGCGGCGGUAGGACCAGCAAUAAUGAUCGUCGGGAAUGAAAACACAAAUGCUUCAAAGAGCUACAACUUUGCGCUCUUGUGCGUGUUAAAAUCUAAUCGCACUGCCACGAACAUCCGCACACAGCUGCAUGGCAAAGAUUUAAAAAAAAUGAAAAAUUUUAUUAAAAAGAUUCGUACAAACAAAACAUUCCAACAGUACGAUCUCAGAUGGUUACAAGAAACAAAACAAAGAACAAAAAUCGAGGGCUAAACGUGGUCGCCAAGGCGCGAACUUCAAACUAUGAAAUAAAAAAAGCAAAACCAAUAAAUGGCACAAUCCUACGAUGAAUCAAUACCACCAAAAUACAAGCGGAUGCGCGCAAUGUGACGGAGCAACAGGGACAAAUUUGAAAAAAAGUAAUAGUGAAACCAAAACAAAAAAAAAUAUUUCAGAUGGAAUAGUGAAAUCGAAAAAAGCUAUAUAUUUAAUCAAGCAUCUUGAUUUGAUACGAGAACGCUGUUUGAUACUGUAGUGUUGUAUUUUUGGAAAUAGUAUACUAAGUGUACUGCAGAAAAUCGAGCGACUUGAUUAAAGUACUUUUAUAUUGAAGACUACUCAUCUAUAUGUAGAUGGCGUAAUGGUAAAUUAUUUUAAUUGUGUUUUACGCAAAUAACAAUACUUACCAUGAUAAGCAAAAUGCAAAAACAAAAAUCGUUGCUAGAUCGCGAGUAAGUGAACGAUCACGUUCUGUGUAUCGGUGAUUUGCGUGAAGCAAAACGCAUAUGUUAAAUAUAUGCGACACGGUUAAAGCCACUGUCUUAACUCGAAAUACUUAGGAAAAGUUCUUACACGGUGGGACUGCAAAACCUAAAACUCACGUCUCUCUUAUUAGAAGAAGUAAAUCGAAUAGGUGCAACAGAUAAAUAGAAAAAAAAACUAUUAUUCAUCUAAAAGGAAUAACGAAAAUAAUAAUUUAAAAAUUACGAUUUUUCCGUAACGGAGGAUGCACGCAAAUGCAAAUGCGCAAUGUGCAAGCGAAUGUUAUUAAGAAACGAAAAAAAUAGACAAAGCAAACAUCAAACUGCACUACACAGUCAUUCUUUCUAGUGCUAUAGCAAGUUAUGCGUGCGCGUUAUUGAGUAGCCAAAUAAGAUUAUCAAAAAAAAAGAACAAAAAAAACGUGCAGAAUCCGAUGCAGCUUAGUGAUAGGUUUCAGAUAACGUACGACAAAGGUUUAGCCAUCUGAACUGAUGCCAUACUCACGCGAAACUCACUGGGUGGUAACAAUCAGCCGCCCACGACAUGACAGUGCUGCUAUAAAUUAAAAAAAAAUAUAAGGACAGCAAAUUAUACAUAUAUAAAUAUUACCGCGAGCGAAACUACUUACAACAUUGAACGCAUAGCUAAUGAGGGCAACCAGAAGCUCGAGACAGAUGCUAUAAACGUUAUUGACAAUUACGCCAUAAUGGAUCGGAUGCCGAUUCUAGUUGAGUUUAUCGUGCGCAACCCAAUUCGCCAGCGUCGAGUUUGUUAAUGAGUAAUGGUACACGAGAAGUUGCAACUAGAUGUUGUUGAAUGAUAGAUGCAUAUAUAGUAUAAUACGAAAUACGGUCGGUGAACGCUUUCGUUCGUUGUUCGGUGGGUUUUUGGAUUGUUUUGUUGGUACUACUACUACUACUACUACUACUACGACCACUACUAACUGGUGACAGUACCAGGUACAGGCUAUAUUGACUGUUGCUGCUACUACUAGUAAAGUUCCACAACUAUCAUUACUAUUACUGCUGCACUACUAUUACUGCUACUAAAACUAAUACUACUACUAUGGCCACUACUACUGCUACUACUACUAUUGCUGUUGUUAGCAAAACACUGGUUUUCUUCCACCCCAAGUCCACGCUGUCCUACUAGACCGAGGUGCGUCAGCCCCGAUAGCGCAAUGUAGCCGGUAGAUCGAAUCGAACUACGUAUACUACGCACUACUUUACACAAUAAGCGAGCGUCUCAAUCAAAAUAGCAACUAUAUUCGAGCAGCGGCCGGCACGAUAAGCGAGGUUGAUAGGUCUUUAAUAUUUUUAUACAAUAUAGAAUCGAAUUUAUGCUAUGUUCCUUGCCAAAAGGUGUACA